GAGUGAGAAACUAAUUGAUUACUGAACAAUUUGAUAAAAAUUAUUAUUAUGUUUUUUCAGAUUGAAUGUCACCACUGCAGGUGGUUCCAUGUGACGUGCCUUUCUCUGUCAGAGAAGCAGUUCAACAGGGCUCAAAAGGUGGACUGGAAGUUCUGCCUAUGUAAAUAAUUUAGAAUUCCUUUGGCUCCCAUCCACAAGCUGUCUAAACAUGUACAUAAAUAAAUUAAACUGUACACAGUUCCCUAUACAGUUUUAAAAAUUUACACUCAAUUACCAAAAAUGUCGGUUCGUGUAGGUUUUUUGGUUCAUGCAUUGUAGGAUUAAAUAUCAAAAAUCUAAAAGGUGUGCAUCAUACCUGACACCUUCAUGGUUGGUUUUGUGACUGUAAGUCAUUCUCUUCAAAUGCUAUUGAAGUUAGAAACGUGUAUACCAAUGUCGUAUGUAACUUUAGAGACGGUCCCUUACUUUGCGAAUCUCAAACGUCCAGCAUCAACCUAAGUUUAAUCCAGUCUGUCACGGUGAAAAAUACAUACUAAAAGUACAGAAGAUAGGGGUACAGUUUAGUAAUCUUUCUGCUGAGAAUGUACCUACAGACUACACUGGUUUUGAGAGCCCAUGUUUAUAAAACCAGGGGAAGCUGCAGUCGUGUCAUCUGGCAACCCAGAUUUAAAGGCUACUCACAAGCUCCUCCUGCUGCAUGACGUCAAACUUAACCGGAAGAGGAUGCCGUGUAAAGUGGAAUAAACUCACACCGGCUUACUGUGUCUCUGACGGGUUUCUUGCUAAUGGCAGCUACACACAGUGGGUCCCGGAAACAUCCGGGUACCGGAGGUAACAGGAUCACUUCAAACCCCCAGGAUGAUGUCAGUAACGUGAAGGAGAGCAGCACACAGACGGAGGGCAAAGUGCAAGGUCAUGGACCAAGACUGUCCAAGGUUAACCUCUUCACAUUACUGAGUCUCUGGAUGGAGCUUUUUCCCAGGAGGAAAUCUCAGAGACGAGACAAUGCAUCCGUGCAAGUCACUGGCCUGGUGGUGGUCCAUGAACAAAGAAUUCUGGGUCUUCAUUGCUCUGGAGAGGAGCUUCAUGCCGGUCAGGUGGCGGUACUCAGACAUGGGCCCAGACUAAAGCGCUGUGAUCUUUAUUUCUCCAGAAAGCCUUGUUCUACCUGCCUCAAGAUGAUCAUCAACGCUGGUGUGAACAGGAUCUCUUACUGGCCUGCUGACGCUGAGAUCAGCCUGCUGUCUGACAGAAGCAGUGCCGCAGGUUCUCGUCUCCAGGAGGCCACGCUGGACGCCGUGGCCGCCGAGAGGCUCAAAUCCAGCAGCAGGCCACACAUCUGUGUGCUGCUCCAGCCUCUAGCCAACUCCAUGCUUCAGUUUGUAGAGGAGACGUCCCGCAACAGUGACUUUCUGGGCAGAAUGGCAGCAGAUGAUCCCUCUCUGGACGUCCAUGAAGUCUUUAGGAAAGAGCGCUGGAGGAACUGGGAGAGUUUUUCUAAAAGGUUUGUGAUUGACGAUGUGGAGGUGCACAGGGAGCUGCUCAGUAAGAUGAACCUGGAGAACUUUUGCACAGAACCAUAUUUCAGUGAGCUGCGGCAGCACAUGAGGGAUCUGAUCAGGAUUCUGGCAUCUGUGGCUGCAAGUGUUCCCGUUCUCAAGCACGAAUAUGGGUUCUAUGAGACAGAACCCCCAAGUAGUGAAUAUAGGACAUUAUCUGAGGAUGUUGUGAGACACUGCAUCAUCCAGGCAGCAGUGCUGGCAUACAGAACAGAAGAUCCUAAAGUGGGAGUGGGCACAGUGAUUUGGGCAGAGGGCAGACUGCCUCAGUGUGAUGGCACGGGGAACAUGUACCUGGUGGGAUGUGGUUAUAAUGCCUAUCCUGUGGGCUCUGAGUACGCCGAGUUUCCUCAGAUGGAUGACAAGCAGGAAGAGAGGCAGCGCCGUAAAUACCGUUACAUCAUCCAUGCUGAGCAGAACGCGCUCACUUUCAGGAGUGCGGACUUGAAGGAGGAAGAGAACACGAUGCUCUUCGUCACUAAAUGCCCGUGUGAUGAAUGUGUGCCUCUGAUCCAAGGGGCCGGCAUCAAACAAAUCUACACCACAGACCUGGACAGUGGGAAAGACAAACACGACAUUUCCUACAUCAGUUUCAACCGGCUCCGCGGCAUCCGCAAGUUCAUCUGGCAGAAGUCAGCUCUCUUCAGAAGUGUUUCUGAACAAACUGGUCCACAUUUGUCAAAUGGCUGUGUGAAGAACAGAAGAGAAGAAGAGGUGGAUUGCCAGAGCAAUAAGAGACUGAGAAACUGAGGAAUCACUCAUGCGUUUGGGACUAAAGUGAAGCGGUUCUUAACUUUAGUCUUGGAAACCCUUUGGCUUACACUUGAACGUUUCCCUUACUACAACCCAUGUCAUCCAACUGACUGUAUAAUUAUGAAGACGUUAUUGAGGUGACGUUAUAGCAGGUGUGUUGAGGGCAGAGAAAACUAGAUCAGCAAAAUGUCAGUUACAUUUUACACGCAUGUCAUAGGAAACAUAUUCGUAGAUCAUUUACAAGAAGAAGAAGAAGAAGAAGAAGAAGAACGCUUCCGUUGGCUAGUUGAACUGAAUUUUUUGGCAGAUGUAAUUAUUGUUCACCGGAGGACCCAAGGAUUUAAUCUGUACAUGAAGACCCCAAAGCAAGCACUUACUCAAGACUUGUUAAAGCAAUUCAUAUGCACACAAAUGUUAUGCAGGGUCUCGCACAAAGCCCAGCAGUCAGUACAUUUUAAUGAUCAAUAAUAAUGUUUUAUUUAUUUUAAUAGAUUUUUGGAUCGUGUUAUUGUUCGAUAGUUGUCGGUUUCAGAUUUAACCGGCACUAAAUAGAACAGAUAUUACCAACGUUUCCGUCUUUAGUAUGAAGACACAACAGAACAGAAAUAAGAAGGCAUGCUGCAUUUGUGAAGAGUAAAAGCACUCAUUUUUCAGCUUG